AUGUCUCGAAAAUCAUGGAUUGAGGACAACUUCUUCAAGAGGGAGUGUGUAAAGUUUAUCUCUUCUUCUCGAGACCUGCAUAGAUGUGUUCCAGUGUGUCAAGUAUGUCUAAACCUAAUAAGAUGCUGUUGUGGUCGCUUGAUGGGGGAGCAUACUUCGCACAACUUUACUCCCCCUAUAUCCUUGAACCCUGGUCCAGAUCCAGACAAGGAUUGGUGUGUGGAGCUCCACACUUGUCCCACUCCCACUGACGCUUAUGGGACAGUGGACUUUGAAGACACUGCCACAAGAGUCUGCCGGGCCAAGUAUCUCCGUUUGGCGGUGGACUCAAAGCCAGAGGCCAUACUUCAGCUCAUGAUGAAGGAGUGGCAGAUGGAGAGGCCCAAACUGCUUCUCAGUGUCCAGGGAGGCUCCAAAAACUUCUCCCUCAGUUCUAAAGUGGAGCAGGCUUUCAGCAAAGGACUAAUGACUGCAGCUCUGAGCACAGGGGCCUGGAUACUCACUAACGGCAUCAAUACAGGUGUGUCCAAGUAUGUUGGUGAUGCAGUGAAAAUAUAUGGAGGCCACGAUUUGAGGAAGAGAAAUACUGUUGGUGUCACACCAUGGGGACUGAUUGACAACAAUGCAGAUCUCAUCGGUAGAGAUAUAUUUAGACCGUAUCAGUCGCUGGGUAACCCUCUCAGUAAACGUGCUUGUCUUAAUGGUUUUCACUCACAUUUCCUCUUUGUUGAUGAUGGGACACUUGGAAAACAUGGCUGCCAACAAGGUCUGAGGAGAAAACUGGAAAAACUAAUCAAUUCACAAAAGAUUCACCCGAGGCUAAACCUGGGGGUGCCUGUGGUGUGUGUCGUGCUGGAGGGUGGUCCCGCUGUAGUCUCCACAGUGUUGGACUAUGUGAGCAGUGUCCCUCCUGUCCCAGUGUUUGUGUUUGAAGGAUCAGGUCGUGCUGCUGACCUGCUCGCCUUCUUGCACAAGCAGACGGCUACAAACAAUGAACUGGAAGCUGAUUUAAAAGAUGACUUCCUCAUUAAGAUUGGCCAGGUGUUUGAAGUUGAUCGAUCUGAGGCCUCUCGCCUUUACUCACUGCUUCUGCAAUGCAUGGAUCAUAGGCCGUGUAUAACAAUUUAUGACUCUGAAUCUGAGGACCAAGUUUGUCCAGACGCUGCCAUUUUGACGGCCACACUGAAAGGUAUCAAGGCCAGUCCUGCUGAGCAGCUGAGCUUGGCCCUGGCCUGGGACAGGGCUGACAUUGCUCAGAAGGAUGUCUUGGUUUGUGGGCAGCAUUGGCAGGUGGGGUCAUUGGAGCAGAGUAUGCUAGAUGCACUGGUGAUGGACCGUGUCAGUUUUGUCAAACUCCUGAUUGAUAAUGGGAUGACAAUGACCCACUUCCUCACCAUCGAUCGACUCGAGAAGCUCUACAACACACACUCCCAAGGGCAUAUGAAAAGUUUUUUCCAUCAUCUCAUAGAAGAUGUGAAACAAACCUCUUUGCCGUUGAACUACCACCUCUCCAUCAUCGACAUGGGCCUAGUUAUUGAGUAUUUAAUUGGUGGUGCGUAUCGCAGCUCAUAUACACGUAAACAGUUCAGAGCUGCGUACAACCACCUCCAGAACAAGGCUGCUCAAGGCGACAGCUCAUCCUCACUGUUUUCAAUACAAACAAGAACUUCUCAAAACUUUUUUUUUAGGACUGCACAGCCAUAUAAACACAAGGGUUCUGAUGCUUCCCCAGGAACCAGUAAAGAAAGGGCUCUUCAUUCCACUUUUGAUGACAGCCCUCCAUUUCUUUCUUUUAAUUUCAAUGACCUUUUUGUGUGGGCAGUGCUUCAGCAGCGACAGCAGAUGGCGCUGUUUCUUUGGCAACACGGUGAAGAGGCUCUCGCGCGAGCAACAGUAGCCUGCAAACUGUACCGCUCCAUGGCCUUUGAGGCCAGGCAGAGCUGCAUGGAUGACAACAUCUCUGAGCAGUUCAAGGCCUAUUCUCUGGAGUUUGGUCAGCUGGCAGUGGACAUGUUGGACUGUGCGUUUCGUCAGAAUGAGCAGAUGGCCAUGAAGCUGCUGACGUCAGAGAUGGACGCGUGGAGCCACUUCACCUGUCUUCAAAUGGCCGUCUCGUCUGGACACCGGCCGUUUGUGUCGCACUCCUGCACCCAGACCCUCCUCACUGACCUCUGGACUGGAUCUCUCAACAUGAGCAAGAACUCUUUCCUCAAGAUUAUACUGAGCCUUCUUCUGCCACCUUUCAUCUUGAUGCUGGAGUUUAAAAGCAAAGCUGAAAUGUGCCACGUGCCACAGUCCCACGAGGCCAUAUUGUUUGGGCACGACUCUGUGGAUUCAGUGGAGAAAAACAUGGUAGCGAAUCACAUGGGCAGUGACGAUGCAGAGAGGGCUGUAUCUUUCCAUGACAGAUGUCUUGGUCCACUUUCUGAAACCGUCUCCUCACUGUCCCACCAGUGUUUGUCUUGGGACACUCGGAUUUACAAAUUUUACUCCGCUCCUGUUGUCAAGUUCUGGUUUCACACUAUAUCCUAUUUGUCAUUUGUGAUGUUGUUCUCUUACACUGUCCUUGUCAAAAUGGGGGACCAACCCAGUUUUCAGGAGUGGUUGGUGAUCGCCUUUGUGUUUUCUAUUGGAUUGGAGAAAAUCCGAGAGGUUUUCAUGUCUGAGCCAAGGAAGCUGCGUCAGAAGCUGAAGAUUUGGUUUUCUGAGUACUGGAACAUAUCAGACUUUGUUGCCAUCAUUCUUUUCAUGUUAGGUUUUUUGAUGCGCUGGUACUCUGAGCCUUAUCGAACAGUGGGCCGCUUUUGCUACUGCCUGGACAUCAUCUUCUGGUUCAUCCGUCUGUUGGAUCUCCUGGCAGUAAAUCAACAUGCUGGCCCUUACCUCACCAUGAUCACUAAAAUGACAAGAAACAUGUUCUUUAUUGUGGUGAUGAUGGCUAUCGUACUGCUGAGUUUUGGAGUUUCCAGAAAAUCCAUUUUGUCCCCAAAUGAGGAACCGUCCUGGAGCCUAUUCCAGGAUGUUGUGUUCCAGCCAUACUGGAUGAUCUAUGGUGAGGUCUAUGCUUCAGAGAUAGAUGCGUGUGAUGAUGGUAAGCCAUGUGCCCCUGCCUCUUUUCUUACCCCGUUCCUCCAGGCUGUCUACAUGUUUGUCCAAUACAUCAUCAUGGUCAACAUCCUCAUUGCUUUUUUCAACAACAUCUAUUUUGAUAUGGCUUCAUCCUCAAACAAACUAUGGAGGUACAAUCGUUACCGCUACAUAAUGACAUAUCAAGACAGACCGUGGCUUCCUCCGCCGCUUAUUUUUCUCAGUCACUUGGCUCUGGUGUUGAAAAUAUUCUAUCGAAGACUGAGUGGAGCUGUAGAGAGAGAGGAUAGAGGCUCUGGACUGAAGCUCUACUUGGGGUUUGAAGAUAGAAAGAAGCUGCAUGAAUUUGAAGAGAAAUGUGUUGAGGCCUAUUUUUAUGAGAAAAAGCCAGACCUCGAGGAUCAAAUAAAUGCAAUCAAGGUCACAGCAGACAGAGCAGAGGAAAUGUUCACGGUGGUUGGGGAUGUCUCUGAUAAGGUCACCAACAUCCAGGACAGUUUGUCAGAUUUGGACGUCCAGCUGGGACUGCUGCAGGACCUGUCUGCUCUGGCCGUAGACGCUCUGACGUUACUCUCUGCCACCAGCAGCAUGCACCAGGAGGAGGCGCGCUUAGAGCAAUACAAGAGUGUCAUGGCGGCGCAAGAGGAGGCACAAGAGGACACACUAAUACAGAAGUGA